CGUCCACCAUUUCAGUUUUUGAGUUAGGUAAAUGUUGGUACAAAUAGGUUAGAUUUAACAAAGAAAAUAUCUAUCUGAAACGAAGGCGUUUACAAUUACGUUAUUGCUUUUUGGGCAGAUUGGACCGCCUGGAUUAUAAUUUACGGCCCGAAGUAGUACCGAUACAGUUUUCUUUCUCCAAGCGUGUUACACUGGGAGCCAAAGUUUUUGUAUGAGUUGAGUCCUGCUAACGGACAGCCAGAGGCGAAGCAAGGCCUAGUACCCUCGGUGGGAGUAACAGUCAUGGCUGGUAAUUUUGACGCCGAGGACCGUGCUAGCUGGUAUUGGGGCAAAAUUAGUAGAAAGGAUGCUGUAUCUCUGUUGCAGGGUCAGAGACAUGGCGUAUUCUUGGUUAGAGACUCAACAACCAGCAAGGGAGACUACGUGCUCUCCGUCUCUGAAAACUCUAAAGUCUCGCAUUAUAUAAUCAACAGCAUUAGCAACAACCGGCAGUCUGGAUCAGGUGUGGCUCCUUCGCGGUUUCGUAUUGGGGACCAGGAGUUUGACACGCUCCCUGGCCUCCUUGAGUUCUACAAGAUCCACUACCUAGACACCACCACACUCAUCGAGCCCAUCGGCAGAGCCAAGAACACCAGCUUCAUCAGCACCACGCCUGCUGGUGCCCCCCACAGGUCAGAGGAAGCAGAGUAUGUACGCGCCCUUUUCGACUUUCCUGGCAACGACGAGGAAGACCUUCCAUUCCGCAAGGGUGAUAUCCUGCGGGUGCUGGAGAAGCCAGAGGAGCAGUGGUGGAAUGCCCAGAACACAGAGGGUCGUGCUGGGAUGAUCCCCGUGCCCUAUGUGGAGAGGUACCGACCCGCCUCUCCUACCUCUAUAGGAGGGCCACCCAUAGCACAGGCCGGGCUUGGCACCCCUGUGCUUGGGACGCAGGAUGGCACCGGAUCGCCAGUCCCCACAAAGCUGGACUAUGCCCAGCCUGUGGUCAACACCCCACUACCCAACCUACAGAAUGGGCCAGUGUUUGCCAGGGCCAUCCAGAAGAGGGUGCCCAAUGCCUAUGACAAGACUGCUCUCAGCCUGGAGGUGGGUGACCUGGUGACCGUGACGAAGAUUAACGUGAACGGCCAGUGGGAGGGAGAGUGCAAGGGCAAGAAGGGUCACUUCCCCUUCACACACGUCCGUCUGCUUGACCAACAGCAGCCCGAGGACGAGAGCUGAGACCCGCACGCACACACCCCGCAGAUCUCCACACAUUGUCACGACUGCUCAGCUCCUCCUCGCGCCCAUUCCAGAAUCCGCUGGAGCUAAAAUGCGCCCGACACGGCCGCGUUAGUGUCCCACUACCCCGACAUGCUCCUUUACUCAAAGCCACGCAGGUAUCGCCAGCUUCACGUGUGCACGCACAUCCGUAGAACAGUGCUGCUGUAGCUCUUUCACAGGCCUGCCCUCCAUACCUGACCACAUAUUGCGACAUACGCCUGUGCGCACGCGUAUAGACUAGCAGUGAUUUGUUGUCCGAAUGCCAGAACAGUGGGAAGUAAUGGACAGAGACGGUUGACGUGCCCUCUGACUGCUGAAAGCCUGCUCGGGAAAAGGAGAGGCGGCGCUACCUGUCUGUCUGUCGCCAGUCUCGGGGACUUGAGGCGAGGCCUGCUAUCUGUCUGUCUCUUGGGGGCUAGACCGCGCUGGCCUCCUCUGGAAGUGUACGCUGAUGUGCCUGUUUGGUCCGAUCAACACUACCAGUCAUUCUCCAGUCCUCCUUUUGUACUGAAAAGAAAAAUGGAAUAUAAUGUCAGACACAAAUUACACACACUAAAUAGUAUGUCAGUUUGGAUCACUUUGAUUUAACAUUUGUCCUUUUUUUUUUUUUUUUUUUUUUUUUUCCCCUGAUUUUAUAAUGCCUGAUGACACUGCUGGUAUCUGAAGCAUUUCUAGAGGGUGCAACAUUAUUUGAGAAUAGAAAUAUGUAUUUGAAAGGGGGAAAAAAAAAAUCUCUUUCCCCCCCUCACUUCUGUCAUCCUUGGUCCUGUGUUCUCUCUGUACAUUCCCCCCCCCGCUCCCCAGUGCCAAAUCUCACAGCACAUGUCCACACUGCUGCCUUGUUUAUUUUUCUAUGUUUAAAAAAAAAUCAAACAAAAGCACUGUUGUGCUCACCAGCUCUGAGAUCAAUCUCUAUGUCCCCAAAAAUCUAUGGAUGUGCUCCAAUACCUUAAGAAUGUUCAAACAUGCUGCUUAAACGCUCAUGUCCUCAGUGCUGAUUGUAGACAACCCUUAAGAGCAGUAACACCUUUCCCCUCUCAUUAGUGUCCUGUACAUGGGUGCAUGCUAUUACAUGUUGCAUUGGUCUAGAGGAACGCACGACAGGCAGACACAGACAGGUCUGGGGUCUAUGGGGUGUUGCCAGCCUCCUGUCUCCUAUUUGCUAACCCUUUGCUACAGCUGGGGUUGCAGCAACAGCUCUAUUGACAGGUGGGCUUGUAUGAUGCUUGCCAAAGGUGAAAGCGUUCUGACUCACUGCAUAUGGCAUCAGUCAAGCACUUCGUUAGGUGAGCCAACCAGGAUUUGACCAGCACUGGGAGGCCUGCUCAUUGGUCCUUUUCUUCAGAGGUGUUUGAUUUUAGAAUUGAGUAUUUAGUCCAACUUAUACCAGGUGUAAAGUAGCAGAAUGGAGACGGUUGUAAAAUUCUGUGGCUGCUCUGAUUAUAAGAAUUAGGCUAAUUGUACAUUCCAUUAGUUUCUGGUGAAAAGUACAAGUUUCAUCCAGCAUUUUGGCUUGCUAUGAAAUGUUAGUAUAGCCUUUUGGUCAGGCAACAUUGAGGUGUUUUUACAAGUGUCUUCUCUGGGUCCACUACGUUUCUGAUCUUUGCUUUUCCUGAUGAAAAAUGCCAUGUCUACAGCAUCUUGAACAGUCCAACAGAGUUAAUGCUCAAAGCUUUAAAGACAUGAUCGAAAGUCUGCAACUAAUGGCAUAUAAUGUGUCUCCUUAUUGUAGGGAAAAAAUGACUGACUUACUGAGCUGACCCAUAUUUAGUUAUUCGUUCAUCUGAAUGAAACAUAAGCAUUUGCAAGAUGCCUUUAACAUUUGCUUCAACUAUCCAUAUUGUGAUUGUGUAUAUUCUGUUGUAUUGUGUUUGGUUUUAACACAGAACACUAUAGAUUGACCAGAUUAACAUGUGCCACAAAACUUUGAGAGAAUUGCAAAUACAGGGUUUUAAUAUGUCAGCGAUGAAUAUGACUAAUUCCUGUCAGAAGUGAAAUACAGAGGUAACUGAGCCAUAUAUGUAAUGAAUUUGUUUUAAAACCAUUGGAUCAAUAUCCUUUUACUGUUUUUUAAAAUAAUUUAUUUUUGUAGUAUUCCAUAAGAUGGUCACCAUCUAAAGCUGGACCAUAGCAAUGCUUUACACAUACUGAUCCGCCUUAUGCAAAUAGUUCCGUUAUUCUGUUGCGUUUUCUUGUAUGUGACUUUGUAUAAGAACCACUGUUUGUCACCUGAGCUGCUGUCAUCCCUUUCUGUGUGUGUGUGUGUGUGUGUGUGUGUGUGUG